GCCCUACUGCCCCCCGCACGACCCCGCGCGCGAUCCAGCAGCCGAUCCAACCGACUCGCCGCCCGCACCACCCCGCCGGCAACGGCGUUGCCGCCUAGACCACCGUGCCGUCCUCCUCCUGACCUCCUCCGCGCCGCCCUCUUCACCGCACUCCAUAGCCAAGGAUCCGAACGCCGCAUCUCUUCCUCUCCUCGGCCCCACGCACGCGCGCUCGCGGGGGAAGGCGGAUACGGGGUGGCCGUGGCGGAGGCUGGCGCCCUGCGGGCUCCCUAUUCAUCUUCGUCCCCACUGAUGGGUGCCAUCUGAUCCCCGAAUUCGGCGCCGCCAAACCCCCUCCUGGCCAGCGCCACCGCCGCACCCUCGAGGUCUCCGUCCACCGAAGCACGCGCGGUCUGCCAGAUGGAGCACGACCCCUCUAAACCGGCGUUCAAGGACGGCGCCGCGCGCCAGCUAUACCUGGUCCAUCUCCUCGCCCCUCUUUCCUUCUCCGCCCGAAAUUUCAGUGAUCUAACCGGAUCCAGGCCUAAUGCUGCUGCGAUCCCUGAUUUCUGCUGUGGCAAGUGGUGAAGCACGAGGGAUGGGAGCGCCUGUACGGCGGCCUCAUGCCCUCGCUCGUGGGCACCGCGGCCUCGCAGGGUGUCUACUACUACUUCUACCAAAUAUUCCGGAACAGGGCAGAGGCGAAGGCCCUUGAGCGAUCCAGGAGAGGGCUUGGCGAUGGGUCAGUCGGGAUGCUCCAGUCUCUCACUGUCGCUGCCCUGUCUGGCUGCAUCAAUGUACUGCUCACAAACCCAAUUUGGGUUGUUGUUACACGAAUGCAAACACACAAAAAGGCAAACAAACAGCAAAGCCCUCAGGGUUUGACAUGUGCUCUUGACAAGGCCCUCCAAGCUGCUACAACUGAAAACACCCCUUACAAAACUAUUGAUGUUGUUAAGGAGCUUUACAAAGAAGCUGGAGUGCUGGGCUUCUGGAAAGGGGUAGUUCCAUCUCUAAUUAUGGUUAGCAAUCCUGCAAUUCAGUUCAUGUUGUAUGAGACUCUUCUGAAGAAAUUGAAGAAGAGACGGGCCUCAAAUUUGAAGGGAGCUGAUGGACUGACUGCUCUUGAAGUAAGCUUUUGCUUUUCCAGUGGUAGAGAUUGCCUCUACUGA